UAUAAUACACAUGCCCUUAAUGUGACGAAUAACUUAAGCAAAUAAGGGACUUUGAUAAUGCGACAGAUUUUCUGCCAGUGUUAUAGAAGAACUGUGCGGUGUCAGACAGUUCAUUUUGAACAAUGAAAGCCAGAGCGUUGUUCAUUGUUGGGUUUUCGACCAUCUUAUGGUGCGGUAUUUCAGCAUCGAAGCUGGUCCUACUGAAAAAGUGUUGCAGCUUGGGUACCAAUUACGCUCAUUCAGGUUUGAAAUGUGAAAAUUUUCAAACGCCUAUUGCUGGUGUAGCGCUGGAAGACGAGCCCUUUUGUCUCAAUUCCAUUGAUGUAUGCUGCAAGAAUGAAUACAGAGAAAAGGAGUGCGCUUUAGGGCAAGAAGAUGCCAAACUGGGGAAAACAUGCGACUCCGUCGAAGACCAAUCAAGAAAAGAUUGCUGCGAAGUUUGCGAAAUGGGUCUCGAAACAGGAACCUCGGGUCAAUCUUGCGGAACUAAUUUGGGAUUAGGUGAUUUAUUAGACGCCACUUUUAAAGCUUGCUGUGGAAAAGUGACCUCUACUACUCCACAAGUGAGUACCUCCCAGUCUCUACCACCUUCAGCAUCCUCCAAAACUACGGCAGCCGCCUUAACCCCUGGUACAUUCACAAAAAGUCUAGAAAAGAAGGGCGACGGUAACACGCCUCCAGUUCCGACUUUGGAGGCAUUGUGCGAUAUACCAGAUUUAUGCGCUCACAUUUGUAUUCAAACAACAGACUCGUUCAGAUGCGAAUGUUAUCAAGGAUACGCCCUCAUGGCUGAUGGAGUUUCUUGCAAACCCAUCAAGCAACCGCAUUCAUUUUCAGACCGCUGUUCCAUAAGCAAUCCUUGUGACCAGAAGUGCCUAGACACCGGUAUUGCAGUAAAAUGCGGUUGUUACGAAGGCUAUGAGCUCACCAGUGAUAAAAAAACGUGCAAAGAUAUCAACGAAUGUGUGUUGGGCAUGCACGACUGUGAAAUUGAUGAGGUGUGUGUCAAUACCGAAGGCGACUAUGAUUGUGAAAAACAAGAUAAUUCUCUACAAAUCACAAAUUUUAACGACAAAUGUCCUGAAGGAUACAAAUUUAAUGGAAAGCAAAUGGUUUGCGAUGACAUAGACGAAUGUCUAUUUCCACUUACAUGCCCAAAACCGAGUACGUGUGUGAAUACCAUUGGAUCAUAUAAAUGCGAGGAUAUUGAAGAGCUUCCCGCGUGUCCCCCCGGUUUUUACUUCAAACAAUCAAUUCAAACGUGUGAAGACAUUGACGAAUGUAUUGCCGGUAAAGAUGAAUGCAACAAGGAAUCCCAAAUCUGUUUAAACACAAAGGGAAACUAUACUUGCAUCGAUAAAGCAUCAAAAAAAUCGUGCCCGCCAGGUUUCAAAAAGAAUAUAGUCACGCAAGCAUGCGAAGAUAUAAACGAGUGCGAAGAAAACUUCCAGCUCUGCGCUGAAAAUGAAGAGUGUGUCAACGAGCUUGGUGGUCAUACUUGUAUACCAAAAAUUACUACACAAUCAUCAACUGCUGCAACUACAUCUCGUUCGCCUUCCACUGUAGCUACUACACCCGCACCGACCUCUCCAUCAACUCACAAACCGGCCACACCACCCGUGUUUAGACCACAACAUGUGCUAAUUUCCACCCCUACUGCGAGACCUGGAUAUCCAUUUUAUAACCCCCCGUCUCAGCCAGUUUCGUGCACCGCUGGGUACAAAUUUUCACCGCCCGCGUCAUGUGUUGAUAUCGAUGAAUGCAAGGACAUACCUCAUAGUUGUGACAGUAACCAAGAUUGCUAUAAUACUGUAGGCAGCUAUGUGUGCAGUUGUAAGCUGGGUUUCUCCAAGGAUCAUCAAACUGGAGCCUGCGUUGAUAUCAACGAAUGCCAGAUCGGAAAACACGAUUGUGGUGAAGCACAGCGAUGCGAUAACACCAUAGGUUCAUACGUGUGCGCUAGAACCACGGGUUGUGGAACGGGAUAUACACUAAAUUCCGCUACAGGGCUCUGUGAGGAUGACGACGAAUGCCUGUUGGGCUUACAUAACUGUCAUGAUUUAGGGCCAAAAUUCCAGUGUAGAAAUACAUUGGGCUCUUAUCGUUGCGAAAAAAUAAAAUGCGUAGGCGAUUGUUUAAAUAAAAAAACAACACCGCCUACGACAAAAAUUGUACCGACGCAACAAAAUGCCAUUAUUAGUGGCCAAUUUAAGAAAUGUUUGCCCGGUUACCAGAUGAAUCCAAAAGGAGAAUGUGAAGACAUAGAUGAAUGCGCAAGCAACCCCUGUAAACGCGGCGAGAAAUGUUUAAACUUGAACAGAAGAUACCAGUGCAUACCGUUUAUUUAUUGUAAGUCGGGGUAUGAACUAAAUGAAGCUGGCACGGAAUGCGAAGAUAUCAACGAGUGCACCAGAGGUACACACAAAUGCAAGAGUAGCCAAAUUUGCAAAAACGGCCCCGGUUAUUAUAUAUGCCAAUGUCCCCCAGGACACAAACUUAAUCCAGAUAACGAAUGUGAAGAUAUUAAUGAGUGUGACUUCUAUAGGGAACGGAUUUGCUCCCAUAAUGCUGAGUGUAUAAACACAGUUGGUUCCUAUGAGUGCAAAUGUAAAGACGGUUUUCGAUCUAAUCAACACUCGUGCGAUGAUAUUGACGAAUGUGCGGAAGUCUCUGGAUUGUGUCAUCAAAACUGCGUAAAUCUUUGGGGAAGUUAUAGGUGUUCUUGUAACAGGGGAUUCACGCUUAGCAUAGACAACAGGACCUGUACCGACAUCAACGAGUGUGACAAAUUCAAAACGAAACACUUGUGCGUUGGAACCUGUCAAAAUACACCUGGUAGUUACACUUGCAAGUGUCCAGAUGGAUACAGACUUGGAUCAGACGGACGUACAUGCCAAGACAUAGACGAAUGCCACCAAAACGUAUGUCGAAAUCCCGAUGAUGUAUGCAUAAAUACAAGAGGUAGUUUCAAAUGCCACACAAUAACGUGCCCACCAAACUACAUUAAAGAUCCCGAGCACAAAAGUCGUUGCAAAAGAGCGUCCAACGUUUGUGACAUUAGAGAUACACACUGUAUACGAAUGCCGGGACAAUAUUCCUAUCAUUUCGUUACAUUUGUAUCAAAUCUGCCGAUACCCGAUGAAGGCAAAAUAGACUUCUUCCAAAUGAAAGGACCGUCUUGGGCGGGAUCAUCGGCGAAUUUCAAUAUGGAUAUUGCCAACGUUCGAUGUCCCCCACAAAUCAAACAAGCGGACAGCAAUCACUUCAGAAUGAAGCGAGAUCUUCAUAAAGUUAUUGUUUCGUUAGUUCGGCCGAUAGAAGGGCCUCAAGAAAUUGAAAUGCAGCUUCAGAUGGAGCUGUACGUUUCUGGCGUUUUUCAAGGAAAAGUAAUCUCCACCGUUUUUAUAUACGUUUCCGCGUAUGAUUUUUAAAGUAGAUGUAACCCGCUUAAUUUUGCCUAGCAAUCUCACUUGGCGGUCUCAUUGCAUAUAGCUAUAUAGUUUCCUGUUUAGUAGCAUCGUUUCAAAAGUAAAAUAGACGCGCUUGCGCUUACUGGUAAAUUUAGAUAUAAGUAUUUCGAAGUAAUUUUUCCAUUUCUCCUGUUGGUAGUACCUAUAGUACCACUUCAAAAUCGACUAGAUGCUCAGUUUAGCGUGCAUAGUGCACAAUAUUUUAAUAAACCUGCCAUAGAGUAAAUAAUUUAUUCUACGGUUUUGCUUUAGUCCUAAAUGGUAGGUAGAUAUAGAAAAAAAAUUAUUUUUUAGAGCACCUACUUAAAAAUCUUCCAAUUCAACUUUCUCUAUCGCUGUAGGUAGGUACUAAUAUUAUAUUUAGGAUCAUGUGAAUCAUAUUAUAUAUUUAAAUAUAACAAAGCACAAAAAUGUACAAAAUCUGUAGUUAGGUAAUAAUGUAAAAAUAAUAAAUAGUUCUUGUAUA